UUCAUAAAAUCAUACUGGAAAUUUAGGGUAAUAAAUGUACUUCCUAGGGAUGUUGUAAGGAUUGAAUUAGUUAAUACAUGAAAAGCACUUAGAACAGGGCUUCACACAUAAAUAAGUGCUUGGUAACUAUUAAUUAGUAACUAAGAAUGGUGCUGGGAUUGACUUUUUCCCCAUCAUUCUGCAGGAGAGUCCCUCAUGGUUGAUCAGUUUAUCUAUCUGUAGGGGAGACUGGCUAUUGCCCUGGAGCAGUCUUCCCUCAGGCCCUUGCAAAAUCUCCCUGAAAGGAUCAUCCUCCACAGGGUCUUUCCCUCAGCCCUCUUCUCAAGGCUGUAAGACCCUUGAGGCUACGGAGCUAGGAAGAGCUUCAGAACGGUUAGUAUAUUGCAGUCAAGUGAUAAGGGUUUAAAAUGUGUACUCUGCCUUUUUAGCCCUGUGUGACUCAGGGCAAAUUGCUUCACCUCUUUCCUCCAAUGCCCAUCUCACCUCAGGGAAUGAUCUUCUUAGCCUUUUUUUACUCUUAGCAGCCACACUGGACUUCGUUUCCAUACAAAUGCCAUAUGCUUUCCUACAUCUGGCCCUUUGAACAUGCUGUGUUUCCUUUGGAUGAAACAGUCUUUUUCUCCCCUACCCGCUUGCUUUAUUUGGCCAAAUACUAUUCAUGCUUACAUUAUUAAAUAAGCCUUCUUUAGGAGGCCUUUCCUAACCAAUUCCCACCAGACAGGUUUGUAUCUCUGCCAUACUUUUUUGCUUCAUACCAUCAUGAUCUUUAAAUAUUUUAUCCCAUGUGAAGUUGCCCUACCUACUGAGCUUCCAGAAGAGUUGAUGGGAUCUGACUUAUUCAUUGCUGCAUCCCCAAUUCCUGGCACAUAGAAGGCCGCAAUUAAUGCCUUAUGCAUGGUUGGGAAAAAAGUAGUGGAGUUGUUACUUAGAAUUUGGUUAGCAUUAUUUCCACAACUGCCUUCUUUUACAGAAUUUUUAUUUUAUUUUUUCCUGUAAAGCUGCCGAAACUUAGAAGCUGAUUCUGUCACAGUAAGAUGCCUUUGGAAAAUUCUACAUUCCUGUUAGAUGAAUCUUUAAAAAUUGAAUUCUGAGACCAGUGGUCAGCCAUAUAGAAGACUACAGCGAACCUAUAGUGUUCUGAAGAAUCAGUUCAAAAGAUAGAAGAGAUACAAAAGGAGAAGUACAAAUGUCUACCACAAGACGAAAACGUAAUAUGUUAUGCUGUUUACCGUAAGCUGUAGUAAAAUGAGCUCAAUUAUUGACAGAGAAGAUGGUAGUAUUUUUGAUGGGUUCGUGGAAGAAGAUGACAAGGACAAAGCAAAAAGAGUAUCUAGAAAUAAAUCUGAGAAGAAACGUAGAGAUCAGUUUAAUGUUCUCAUUAAAGAACUGGGAUCCAUGCUUCCUGGGAAUGCUAGAAAGAUGGACAAAUCUACUGUUCUACAGAAGAGCAUUGAUUUUUUACGAAAACAUAAAGAAAUCACGGCACAGUCAGAUGCCAGUGAAAUUCGACAGGACUGGAAACCUACAUUCCUUAGUAAUGAGGAGUUUACACAAUUAAUGUUGGAGGCUCUUGAUGGUUUUUUUUUAGCAAUCAUGACUGAUGGAAGCAUAAUAUAUGUGUCUGAGAGUGUAACUUCACUGCUUGAACAUUUACCAUCUGAUCUUGUGGAUCAAAGUAUAUUUAAUUUUAUCCCAGAGGGGGAACAUUCAGAGGUUUAUAAAAUGCUUUCUACCCAUCUGCUGGAAAGGGAUUCAUUAACCCCUGAGUAUUUAAAAUCAAAAAACCAGUUAGAAUUCUGUUGUCACAUGCUUCGAGGAACAAUAGACCCUAAGGAGCCAUCUACCUAUGAAUAUGUGAAAUUUAUAGGAAAUUUCAAGUCUUUAAACAGUGUAUCCACUUCACACAAUGGCUUUGAAGGAACUAUACAACGCUCCCACAGGCCUUCUUAUGAUGAUAGAGUGUGUUUUGUAGCUACUGUCAGAUUAGCUACACCUCAGUUCAUCAAGGAAAUGUGCACGGUUGAAGAACCUAAUGAAGAGUUUACAUCUAGACAUAGUUUAGAAUGGAAGUUCCUAUUUCUAGAUCACAGGGCACCACCUAUAAUAGGAUAUUUGCCAUUUGAAGUUCUGGGAACAUCAGGCUAUGAUUAUUAUCAUGUGGAUGACCUAGAAAAUUUGGCAAAAUGUCAUGAGCACUUAAUGCAAUAUGGGAAAGGCAAAUCAUGUUAUUAUAGGUUCCUGACCAAAGGACAACAGUGGAUUUGGCUUCAGACUCAUUAUUAUAUCACUUAUCAUCAGUGGAAUUCAAGGCCAGAGUUUAUUGUUUGUACUCACACUGUAGUAAGUUAUGCAGAAGUUAGGGCUGAAAGACGACGAGAACUUGGCAUUGAAGAGUCUCUUCCUGAGAUAGCUGCUGACAAAAGCCAAGAUUCUGGGUCUGAUAAUCGUAUAAACACAGUCAGUCUCAAGGAAGCAUUGGAAAGGUUUGAUCACAGCCCAACGCCUUCUGCUUCCUCCCGGAGUUCAAGAAAAUCAUCUCACACAGCAGUGUCAGACCCUUCCUCAACACCAACAAAGAUCCCAACGGAUACUAGCACUCCUCCCAGACAGCAUUUACCAGCUCAUGAAAAGAUGGCACAAAGGAGGUCAUCAUUUAGUAGUCAGUCUAUAAAUUCCCAGUCUGUUGGUCAGUCAUUAUCACAGCCAGCGAUGUCUCAAGCUGCAAAUUUACCAAUUCCACAAGGCAUGUCCCAGUUUCAGUUUUCAGCUCAAUUAGGAGCCAUGCAGCAUCUGAAAGACCAACUGGAGCAACGGACACGGAUGAUAGAGGCGAACAUUCAUCGGCAACAAGAAGAGCUAAGAAAAAUCCAAGAACAACUUCAAAUGGUCCAUGGUCAAGGACUGCAAAUGUUUUUACAACAAUCAAACCCUGGAUUGAAUUUUGGCUCUGUUCAGCUUUCUUCUGGAAAUUCAUCUAACAUCCAGCAACUUGCACCUAUAAAUAUGCAAGGCCAGGUUGUUCAGACUAACCAAAUUCAAAGUGGAAUGAAUGCUGGACACAUUGGCACAACUCAGCAUAUGAUUCAACAGCAGACUUUACAAAGUACAUCAAGUCAGAGUCAACAAAAUGUACUGAGCGGGCACAGUCAACAAACAUCUCUCCCCAGUCAGACACAGAGCACCCUCCCAGCCCCACUGUAUAACACUAUGGUGAUUUCUCAGCCGGCAGCUGGAAGCAUGGUUCAGAUCCCAUCCAGUAUGCCACAGAACAGUACCCAAAGUGCUGCGGCGACUACCCUCACUCAGGACAGACAGAUAAGAUUUUCUCAAGGUCAGCAACUUGUGACCAAAUUAGUGACUGCUCCUGUAGCUUGUGGGGCUGUCAUGGUACCUAGCACCAUGCUUAUGGGUCAGGUGGUGACUGCCUACCCUACCUUUGCCACACAGCAGCAGCCACAGACAUUGUCAGGCACACAGCAACAGAGCUCCCAGGAGCAGCAGCUGACUUCAGCUCCACAACCAUCUCAGGCUCAGCUGACCCAAACGCCGCAGCAGUUUUUACAGACUUCAAGGUUGCUCCAUGGGAAUCCUUCAACUCAGCUUAUCCUCUCUGCUGCAUUUCCACUACAACAGAGUACUUUCCCUCAGUCACAUCACCAGCAACACCAGUCUCAGCAACAGCAGCAGCCGAGUCGGCACAGGACUGACAGUUCAACCGACCCUCCCAGGGUUCCCCCGCAGUAGCAUGAGUGCCUCCUCUCUGACCCCCCGGGGCAGAGGGGGCUGGUCCGGAAAGGGUUGCUCAGAUGAUCUGAGGACAGGAGGAAGAAUUCCAGCAGUUGCAUGAGAUGUAGUAUUGAGUGUUCUAGUUCCUGGAAUUAGAGGGGAAAUGCUACCUAUAGUGCUCCAGGUGUACAUUAAAUACCAGCCAGCAGGAGAUGAUCAUAGGGCCAUAGUCAAUUCUAACAGUGUUUUACUGGCCUAGAUAGUUUUUGAUGGAAAAAGAGUAUAUUGCCAAACGUUAAGAAGCUCAGCUAUGAACAUGACCUCCAAUGAAUCAGAAAGGCACUAACAACGUUAGUAAAUGUAGUUGUUCUGUGCCUGUUUUUAAGUGUUACAGAGGACACACCAGUCAUGUCAGGGGUUUGCUUACCAUGAGGCCAUGAAGACAGUCCAGUAGCCUUUGCAGGCCCCCUUCCCAUUCCCCUCUCCUCUUUUCAGAUCAUGAUGGGACAGAAGUUUAUUUCAGAAUGUUGUGUGGGUUCAAAUUCUUUAUGUAUAGAUGAUAUAAAAAUAUUACGUGUAUGUCUGGAUAAAAGGAGAGAAAGCAAAAUGUUUUGUAUGCUGCAUGAAAGCAUUAUCUCCUCAAGUAUAUGUCCGUAGAUUCUGACACCAUGUGCAGACUAAUACAUCCUUUGUUUUCCCUUUUGUUUACAGCACAGUAGUGUUCUACUCAUUUUUCCAGGGCACAGGUCUUACUGUUCAUACUUCGGCUGUGAUGUCAAAGUUUGUUCAGUGAGGUAUAAUGUGCUGCUGGAAAUGGAUUUUUUUUUCAGGUUAAAUUAUUGAAACAACAGGAUUUUCAAGUUACUCAGAAAUACCCUCAUUUCAUUAUUUUUCAAUUAUGUUUGAAAAUAGGAUUUGCACUGCUUUAUUUUAGAUGGUUGGGAGUUUUGAUCACAUAUAUUUUGAUAUAAUUCAUAGUUGGAAAUAGUUGUAUAAAUGGUUUUCAACAAGCCUGAAAGAAAUUUCCAGAAUGUUUCAGUUAUAGGAGUAAAAUUUGCACACAAAACAUUUUAGGCACUUUCUAACAUUCUCACUGGUGGGAAUUUUAACUUUUAGAUUUGUUGGAAUCUUUUUAUUAUCCUUCACAAUUUCAAUGCUUCUUUUAGUCAGAAAUGAUUCAGGGUUAUUUGAGAGAAAAAAAACCCAUAGUGCCUUGAUUUUGAUUCAGGUGAUAACUCACCAUCUUGAAUUCAUUGUCUGGUUUCAGUAGCAGUUUUGAAACCUUAGUACAUUUUUAACAGCAUGUGGGUGUCAGAGCCGUCGUUAUUCUCCUAGGUUCCUGUGAAGACUGCUUUGAGUCUCUUGGACUGGAGGUACAAAUAAUUUAGAAAUAAAAGAUGACAUCCUAACACUGUCAGAGUCAUUAAUGUGAUCACAAAAUAGUUUUCCUAAAUCACCUUUCUUUAAAGCUUAAGGAAAGGUUAAUUUAAGAUUUAUAGUAAAAUAUUUGCUCAGUAUGAUUUUGAUAUUCCUACAAAGAAAAAAAGAGGGGUAGGAAUUGGCUUUGCCUUUACUACACUGGAAUAUUGUAACUCACAUGCUCUCUAAACAUGAACUAAGAUUUCAUUUGGCAAUGUUGUAUUCUAAAGGUAAUAAAUACCAACAGAUGUUGCAUACAUUAAAAAAGCAUUUUAUAGAUGUUAUGGUACUAAAGAUGUACAAGUAUAGUGCAAAGGAAAAUUAAUGCAAAAUGUCUUAUAUUAAAAAUUACUCAGUAAAGGGAGGACAGCAAGCUGUAAUAAAUCAAAAUUGAACUUUAAAUGUGUAAAAUGAUUGAGGUUGUUAAACAGAAAAGGCUUUAAACAAUGAAAAUAACCUAAUACAGAAAUGCUAGAUGGAGUCAGAGGAAUUCUAAAUCAAUUCUUAAGACUUUUCUGUCCUCGACUUUGCUAUCAUCCUUAAGGGACAUACUUUGUCUUUCUGUAGAAAACUCUACCUGGCCACUUAAAUUAGAAAAUUAAUGCUGAAGAAGAAAACAACCAAAGAAAGUUGGUAUCUACCCUUCCACAAAAGAAGUGUCACUAGAUACCAACUAAUAAUUAACAUAUCAGGAAGCUCAUUUUCUAGUUAGAUGAUCCUCUGAAAAAGAUUUCUUUCUCAUGAAUGUCAAGAAUAGUUAUCAGAAUGUAUGUGGUCCUAAGCAUAAUACACGUAGAUGGAAUUGAUGUAGAAUGUGGCAACAGUAUUUUCUCCCGUCAGAUUGCCUUUCUCAACCUUAUCAUGCCGUUCCAUAUAUAUAUAUAUAUAUAUAUAUGAGUUGUGCCUCACUUAUUUAUUGGCCAUAUCUAGUGAUAUGGAUUUUGCCAACAAAGAUAUGAAGAACUGUUAAGGUUUAUCCUCCAAAAACCCUACUUAAAAGGAAGAUCAUGGACUAUGAGUACUGUGUACUUAGGUUUGCAAAGGCCAGGUGUAAGGUGAGCCACAAGAUAAAUCUGCAGACUGCUUAUUCACAUUCUCCUCCACCAGUCCCUUCAGAUAUUUUCCAUUCUCAGACAUUUGGAAAAGAAAAUUAGACAAAAUUUUGCUUUAUAAUUCCUGUUGUUCCUUACAGCUCAUUUUUCUCUGCUUAGAGCUGAUUGCCUAAUUUAAAGGAACAGCUAGCUGCUUUGCCUUUGCUGUCAGUAUGAAGUGUUGUGUUGGAAAAGCUAGUAAGCACCCGCUGCCUCUCAGCUCCUUCUCAAACUUGGGUUUUCCUUCUGCUUUUCUGGAACUUCAGUUGCAAAACUAUCCUUGCUCCCUUCCCCAUGAACUAAGACUGGAGCUCUCUGAUGAAGACUUAGCAGUUGCCUAUUCAUUCAUUUCUGUAGCCAAAGUUGUUAAUUAAAAUCCCAAAUCUAAGUCAUGGAAAAACACCAAAUAGGAACACCUUUCAGCUGCUUAAAACCCUGUUUUCCCUCUGCUUUACUCUCAUAAGAUACUCAGUUUUUCUUUAAAAAAUAUUUUAUUCUGGGCAGCACUUUUAAGGUAGAAAUUGUUGAAGAUAAGGAAGAAUGUUUGCUAUUCUGCAGUUAUCACUUGGGACUGCUGUGGCACUGGGCAAGUCGGGAUGUUAACAACCACAAAUGAGGACUACGAGGAUUCAUAAAGUUGCUGCUGAGAGUUGUGUCAAAUCAGAACAUAGACAUUCAAAGUGCUCCAUUUUUUGAGUGGAAAAUAUUGGAGGAAAAGCAAAUAAGAGAGAUGGGGUAGCAUGUAAGUAAACACUGCAGUUCAGUCUCCAAAUGGCUCUAAUUUGAGGGUGUAAUUGGAGUCCUGUGCUCUGCCUCGUCACUUAUAUCCUGUUCAGGAAUGUGUGGUAAUAAGAAGAUACCAGUGACUUUGGGCCGUUUGUUGUAGAAUACUCAGUACAGAGUAGUAAAAGCAUCAUUUGGAUUCCUCAGAAGUGCUGUGUUUGUGGCCAUUGCAUUAAAGCAGUCUGCUUGCAGUUAUUUAAGGGCAUUGAAGCAAUGCAGCUCAAAAGGGCAUCGUGUGCUGGAGAGAGAUGAACCCCUUUUCAAGGAGCCUUAGAAAGGGGGCCCUUAAUAGUCUGUUUCCCCUCCUCUACACGAACAGGUAAAAAUUAUUUUAAACUGGUUAUUACUCAGCUUGUUUUAGAAUGUGUCCACUAUACUGAGGUAAAAAAAAUUUUAAGUGGAAAUGCAAGUAGCAUUUUACUCUAGGAUUGUUCAUUUCUACUUUUUUUUCUACACUUCUUUGGUGAUGGAAAGUUUUUUGAACACAUGUGUAAAUUGCAUUCAAGUCUAUAACCUUUCCAGUAUCUGUGACCCUGUUCUUAGUCCCUUGGGAUUCAAUGUUGGAAGAUUUAAACACUGGAUAUUACUAUUUAGCUGAGUGAGUCUAGCCGGGAGUAAGCAGAUUGGGAUUUCUAGAUGGUGGAAAAGAACAGCAUAAAGGCACUCGCCAUUUUAACAGUGAUUGGAGAAAGAGAACCUUUUAAGUUUGUUUGGGUUGGGUGAGCAUUCUUCUUCUAAAAGGAGCUUCUGAAGUAAUUGCAAAGGAAAAGAGUCGACUAUUUUUAUAGCAUAUUUAAUAUAUUUGUAUAUAAUGAUGAAUAUAGUAGGAACCCUCCACAGGCCUCCCACUUUUCUAAUUUAGUCUCCCUUUUGCCAUAGCACUAGCAUAGCCUCGUCCGCAUGGUUACGUGCCUAUUGCCAGCCUACCAAAAGAUAGUGCUGCUGCUUUCUGAGACAGGUGAGAAGAGCCGACUCUCAUGCCUGGGGAUCCUUUAUAAAGGAAUAGCACACUCUUUUAAAACAACGUACCACAGUCUAAAAGCAUCAUUUUGAAAUGUAACAAGCACUUUAUUGCAAUUAUUCAUUUUGAUAAAGUUUAUUAUCUUAGGCAUUACCAUUUCCAAAGGAUCCCCAAAUCAUCACUUAGGUGAAAUUUAAAAAUGAUACAUUUCUGAGAAAUGUUUAGAUCCAGUGAACCGUAGUAGGUUUAUGGGAGUGAUUUCAAGGUAGCCAAAUGAACUUUGACUUUUGUUUUGAAUGUGGUGGACUCGAGAUUAUAGAUGCCUAGUUCCAUUUAGACACUACUGUAAACCUGUCUUGCCUAUUAUGUGGACACUGAGAGAGACCAAUGAGCCUGUAUAGUUUCAGAGGUCUAGGAAAACUACAUCAGUGUGAAGAGAUGUAUAGAACUAACCUAAAUUGAUUGGUGGUAGUAUUUGAGAAUAUGGUAAUUUCAAGAAUUUAUUCUGAGUGUUUUAAAUGUGCUCUGAAAUGUUGGCAUGUCAUUUCAGAAUUUCCAUUUGAAUUGCUCUUGUAAUAUUUUUGCACAAAAAGGACUGAGAAAAAGACUGUUGAAGAAAAAAAGUAUAAUUUGGUCUUAUUUUAAUGUCUUCUGUGGAAACACUGGGGAUGAAUUUUGUUGGUAUAAUUAUUAAUUCAGGAUAUUUAAAACAGUAUUGAACAGUUCACAAGAAAUCAAUAUGGAUAUUUAAAAAUUUAAACCUUCCUCCCAUGUGACUGUUUUGCAUAUCCCCCCCCAUGUCAUAAUUUAACACUACAUUCCUUGUUUUUCUUAAAUAAAAUACUUUACAGGUUCCGUCUUGAGUAAUAUUUUCUAAGCUGCCUGGGUUUUCCUAGGAAAACAUUUUUUAGUGAAAUAGGACAGUUAAUGGAGAGACUGUUCAGUAAGAUUCCAUCACCACCACCAGCAAACACUGAGGUGCUGCAUUAAGUGACAAUCAUAAUAGUAUUUAUGGAAGAAUUUAGAAAGUAGUUUUAAAGCAGAUGCUUUGAAAGCAUUUCUCUGGGUUUCUUGAAUAAAAAUGGCUAAAUGUAUUUAUAUUUUUAAAUAUCUUUGUGCUGUUUCUCAUCAAAGUGGUUUCACAGUAUCAUGAAUUAUGUGUGGUGGUGGUUUUUGCCUCAUCUUUUACAGGGAGACCUGGCCUUUAUCUGGGGUGCAGUCUGCAGCCCUCAUGACAGCUUCAUGAGCAAUCAAAGUCUGUUUUUGACUCAGGACGGCUGUGGAGGGCCCGCUUCCCGAUGCCCUGCACUUCCCUCCUGUUCUCAGCUCAGUUAGGAAAAACUAAAGGUAACACCUUGUAAAAUCUGCUUUGUAUAGCUCCAACCUUUUUCUAGUUUUACUUGAUGCCUUUUCUUUUCUGGGUAUUUUUUAUAUGAUUACUUCCUCAAUUCAGCCACAGCCCAGUCUGACAGAGCCAAAAGCACAUAUUGCCCCUUUUGCCCAUUUGGGUAAAUGUUAGCAAUACAUUCAGCAUCUUCUAAUGGCCUUCACUAACAUAUCCAUAUUCAAAUCCAUUUAAAGUCCUUAAACAUAUGUAGGUGGAACAAUGCAUGAAUACUGCCAACUCUUUAACAAAAAUGUUUGCUGAUUUUUAUGGUGUAAUGUUGUUGUUUGGCCCUUUAAAAAUGGGCCACCAUGUUCACAUACAGCUCUAUUCAAUCAAGUGUUUGAACACUUGAAGCCUAGAAUCUGAGGAUACUUAAUUGCCUGAAGUAGGCACUGGAACAGAGUUCUCCGUCCAGAGGUCCUGGAGGAGCUCGAGCCCCAUACUGCCUGGUGUUUGGAACCCAGCAGAGAAUGGGUAAGCAAAGCACAUCAGCUACAAGUUGGACUUACUGAUGUGAAGUGUUUAAGGGUUAAGCUGAAGAUGUGUUUUCAGAUGUAUACUUUUACAUUUUAGGGAACAAAUUGUGACAUUGCUUUAAAAAUAACAUUCAGAUGUCGGAUAAUGUAUGUUUCUUACUGGUGCAUAUUCACUGCUGACAAUGGUUAUGCCAGUAUUAAAGCUGGUAGGAAAAGCUGUAUUAUCUUUAGUUUGAUGUAUUAGGCAUGUCAUUGUGAGGCAGAAAAACUGGCCAGGCCAUUUAAAAAAAAAUUUUGGCCAUAACGGCUGUAAUUUGAGACCAUUCUAGAGUUACUUUGCAACCUAUUCUGCAUGGUUUAAGGUGGGGAAAGGCCUCAGCAUGGCACUCGCACACUCACUCUGUGUAAAGAUUGAAGCCCAGAGUUUAAUUCAGUGCUGUAUCCAGUUAGUGCAAAAGAAGACUUAUCUUCUUACAUUUUUAUUGCUAACAUCAAUUGGUAGUUGAAAAAACACACCAGAUUCUUUGUAAUGUUCUGUGUGGUUCUUAGUGCACUACUCUUGACACUGCUGUCUGUUAACACUUGGUUCUUCAUUUUAAGUAAAAAUUACAUGUAGCCCAUCAUUCUUCCAAAGGGUGGAGCUAUAAAAUAGCUGACCUUAAGAAUACCUAUUUUCCUAAAGCAGACAUUUAAUUGGAAUUCAAAUUAAUUUACAAAAAUGAGACUGACAUUUUCCAGUUCUGCCCAAAUCCUAAAUUGCAGAAGUAUGAAGGGAUGAUGGUUUCACCAGUGCUUUUAAAUUCUCUGCUGAUUUUCAUGAGCUAUGCUUGGAAAUACAAUAUUGUAUAAAGUAUGAGUCACUUUGUUACCAGUUUAAUAUUGCCAUUUUAAUUUGGUGUUACAAUUGGUUACACUUGUUUUCCAAAACUAUCCUUUGAGAAGAGGUAAAAUGUGUUAUUAGCCUACCUCCACCAGUGUAUGAUCACUUUUCCAGGUUAUGAUGUGCAGUUUUUAAAAACUACAUGUGCUAUUAAUUAUAAUGCUCUUUCCUAGACUCCUACAAUGUAUUCAGAACUUAAAAUUAGAGCAAAAGUCAAGCAGUAGCAUUUUUUUUGUGUACAUGUAAAAUAAUAGAUCCAGACUUUGUUUCCUUAUUCAAUUUUAAAAAUAAAAAAUACCUCAGUGCU